AUGGAUUUGAAAAUCAUCAGCUUCGUGAUGUUUUUAACUUUCCAGCUGCUGACAGGCUGUGAUGCUACCUCUAUACUAUAUCGCCCUCAACCCUGCAGACUGUCCAGAUGUCCGAGAGGUCAGCUACUGGACAUAGCCACCUGCAGGUGUGUACUUGUCACCCAGCUUCCUGUCAACACAAGAGCAACGUGCCAAAAUCUCUUUUGUCCCUUGGCGCUGUUCCCGUGUACAUCCUACAAGACCGACACCAGAGGCUGCAAGACUUGUGAAUGCCGCUGCUUCGCAUCCGUCUGUCCCAAACACUGCCCUCUUGGCACGGAGUAUACAACGGACACAAAUGGCUGUAAAGUCUGCAAGUGUAGGAGCCAAAGCGUUAAGCAUGUUUGUCGUAACGAGCCUUGUGGGGCUUUCUGCCCAACUGGCCUACAUGUUGAUCAGUUCGGCUGCCAGCUGUGCCGGUGUAAGCCAAAGUCCUGCGGGGGUCUGUGCAGGAACUUGUGCCCCUUUGGAAGAGUCAUGGACGCUGCUGGAUGUCCAACAUGCACCUGCCUGGACAGCCCAGUAGGCCAUUAA